AUGGACCUGGUAAAUGUUCAGAAAGACUCUUGGGAGGACACAUCUCUCCAUGCCCUCUCAAUCUCCUCUACCCCCACCUCCUCCCUGUCCAUUCACUCCUCCACCAACUCCACCUCCUUCUCUGGAGUGGACCUGCUGUUGGAACUGAAGCCUCUUUUCAUCCCCCUUUACUCAACGGUGGUUUUGGUGGCCUGCUGUGGGAACCUGCUCCUCCUCUUCCUCAUUGGUUUCAACAAGAAGAGUCACAGCACCACCAACUUCCUGAUUGCAAACCUGGCGCUGGUCGACCUGGUCAUGUGCCUGUUCUGCGUGCCACUCACUGCAUUCUACGCCUUUGACAAGCGAGGCUGGAUAUUCGGCGGCUUCAUGUGCCACUUUGUCACCGUCAUGCAGCCUGCCACCGUUUUCGCCGCUGUCCUCUCUCUCACUGCCAUCGCGGUGGACCGGUACGUGGUUGUGGCCUAUCCGAUUCGCCGGCGUGCUGGUGGGCAGUUCUGCUGGGGUCUCGUGGUGGUGAUCUGGCUGAGCUCUCUGGCGCUCUCUGCCCCGACAGCUCUGCACACGGCCCACCUGGACCUCAGCGCAGCGGGCCUCAGCAUGACCAUCUGCGAGGAGUUCUGGCCCGACCAGGACCGCGGACGCCUCCUCUACUCCUGCUUCCUCCUACUCUUCUCUUACUUCCUGCCUCUGGCAGCUGUGUCUGUCUCCUACUGUGCCAUUUCACAUCACCUGAGGCAGAGGACGACUUCUGACCUGGUUGCCAGUCACAGGUGCAGCCAGGAGACAUGGGGGAAGAGAAGGAGGAAGACCUUUGUCCUGCUGCUGGUGUCGGUGCUGUGCUUUGCCGGUUCCUGGCUCCCCCUGCAGGUGGUCAACCUCAUCCGUGACCUGGACCCAGACUUCUCCAUCCUGGGGAAGAGUCACGUCAACCUCAUCCAGGUGUGCUGUCACCUGCUGGCCAUGAGCUCCGCCUGCUACAACCCUUUCAUCUACGCUUCUCUUCACAGCAAGUUCCUGUCCUACUUAUGUCGUCACUUCCUACCACGCCUCAGGGGCGGGGCUCAGGGGCAGAGCAGUCUUACAAAAUCUCACAGACUGCCACGCCUAAACACCUCCUCAACAAUGGUGGACAUCCCUGUUGCCGUUGGUAACAAGAUACCUCAGGACAGCUACUGAGGACCUUAGAAGGUAUCCUUGGAGCUGACAUGGUAUACAUGAUGGGUUGGUUAACAGAAGACAUCCAUGGACUGCUAUUGUGGACUUGUAGACUGCUACAGACAGGACCUUAGUCUGGUCAGAAAGUCAGUUGGAGUCAAAUUUGAGUUUCUAUACAUUCCCUGUGAGCUUUUGUCUGUCUGGCCACAGAAAACACUGAUGACUGUAAAUCAGGUGCUAAAACCUGAAGCAUGUCCUGCUUUGGCCUGGUAAAGAAUGGAGUAUAUUCCUGUCCUGAAAACCAAUGGUUAAAGAUCUCCUCUAAAAGCAGUGUUACAAUAUUAUUAAAGACAGGUCAUUUCUAUAGCUGAACUGUUCUGCAUGUAGGAAAGGUUUCUGAGAUGUCUGCAUGUAAAUUAUUUUGUUGUGAAAGUGUAUGCUUCAAACAACAACAGGGUAAACUUAGUUCUUAUUGAUUUAGCAAAAAGUUGUAUAUAUUUUGUAUUAUAUGCAGUAUAUAUCUUCGCUAGUGUCAAAUGUGUUGUGUCUGUGAAUAUAAUAUAAUAACAUCCCAUGUUAA